CAAAAAUGCUUGUAAAAUAAAUGUGCAAUAAUAGCAUUUAAACUUUCUUAAGAAACAGGUUUAUUGUGAAUAUCAACCUUGGUUGCAAAUUAAAACCAUGCGUCAUUAGUGGCACAGAUUUUGAGAGUUAAAGCAUCUAUCGGUAUUCCACCUCUAGGAUGAUACAGAUAGUUUUAAACUAAGAUGAGAAAAAAAAAAAAGUACUGACAAAGCAGUUCACUUUCAGAAAUCUGGGUUUUCCCAAAUAGUGACAUAAGAGCCAGUCAUUUUGAACCGGGCAGUUUGAGUUCCUCUUCAAGAAUCUGAAAUGUAGGUCGGGGCUUUGCUGACAUUUCCAUUUGCCUCACUGCUGAACAUCUGAAGUGAUCGUUGAUGGGUAGGCAGUAAAGAAAGAAGACGUGAUAGAGGCAAGAAGGGUAGCAGCCUGGCUCUGAAGUGGAAUUAUGUGCUUCAAACAAGGUGAAAGGUAAAGAGACACAGAUCAUCUUCAUACUCAAAAAAACAGCUAUAUUUCCUUUUGGAAAUACAUGGGCCAAGAUGUUUUUUCUCUUCUAAGUUCUUGUGAUAGUUCCUACAGUGGUUACUGAUGAAUGUUUGAAUCUGUAAUAUUGUCUGACAUCCCAUCGCUUUAAAACAAUAUUAUUGCAUAUAUUCUGUGAGGUGAAGAGUUAACUUCUAACUAUCUUAGAGCUUGUUUGCCUAUUAUUUUUAAAGAGAAGAUCAACGAUGACUAACAAAUUACGAAAGGGAUCCCAAGAGUCAUACGUCAUGGGGACCCCAGUUUUAAAAAAUGGUAUCAGAAUCUUGUGCACUGUGAUAAUUCAUGAGCUUUGUUGUUUUAUAUGAAAGGUUCAAGUUUUAUUAAACAAGUUAAAAUAACUGAAUAAUGUUGACUAUUGGAUAAAUGAAUUGUCCAAUAAGGUAGGUAACUGAUUAACUGAGUAUCUAACCACAGUUGUAAAUUAGUGGCAAUACUGUUUGAAAUGUCUAUGAUGUGUUUCUGAUGAGCUCUCUACAGAUAAAAGGGUUUUCUGUAUCUUUAACUGGUGAUAGCACAUAAGCCUUUGUCUCACUUCCUCUUUCUUCAUUUUGAAAGACUUUUCUCUGGAAGUUCUGAGAUUUUUGGCUUUUCCUAAGUUUUACCCAUCAAAGACUGAUAUUUCCGGAUCUUGAAAGAAAGCGACAAAGAGCACUUUCCUGCUUUCAGGCAUGAAUCAGGUCACAACUCAAUGGGAUGUGGUCAUAGCUCUUUACAUAUUCUUCAAUUGGUGUCAUGGAGGGAUUACAAAUAUAAACUGCUCUGGCCACAUCUGGGUAGAACCAGCCGCAGUUUUUAAGAUGGGUGUGAAUAUCUCUAUAUAUUGCCAAGCAACAAUUAAGAACUGCCAACCAAGGAAAAUUUACUUUUAUAAAAAUGGCAUCAAAGAAAGAUUUCAAAUCACAAGAAUUAAUAAAACAAUAUCUCGUCUUUGGUAUAACAACUUUCUGGAGCCACAAGCCUUUGUAUACUGUACUGCUGAAUGUCCUGGAUAUUUUCAAGAGACACUAAUAUGUGGAAAAGACAUUUCUUCUGGAUAUCCACCAGAUGUCCCUGACAAAGUAACCUGUGUCAUUUAUGAAUAUUCAGGCAACAUGACUUGUACCUGGGAUGCCGGGAAGCCCACCUACAUAGCCACAAAGUAUGUGGUGUAUGUGAAGAGUUUAGAGACAGAAGAAGAGCAAGAAUAUCUCACUUCAAGUUAUAUUAACAUCUCCACUGAUUCACUGCAAGGCAGCAAGAAGUAUUUGGUUUGGGUCCAAGCUACAAAUGUGCUGGGCAUGGAAAAGUCAAAACAACUGCAAGUUCACCUGGACGAUAUAGUGAUACCUUCGGCAUCAAUUAUUUCCAGGGCUGAGGAUAUAAAUACUACAGUGCCCAGGACCGUAAUCCACUGGUCUAGUCAAACAUCAAUUGAAAGGGUUUCCUGUGAAAUGAGAUACAAGGCUACAACAAACCAAACCUGGAAGGUUAAAGAAUUUGACGUCAAUUUGACCUACAUGCAACAGUCAGAAUUCUACUUGCAGCCAAACACUAAGUACAUAUUUCAAGUGAGAUGUCAAGAAACAGGUAAAAGGUACUGGCAGCCCUGGAGUUCACCCUUUUUUCAUAAAACUCCUGAAACAGUCCCCCAGGUCACAGUGAAAUCAUUCCAACAUGACGCUCAGAAUUCUGGGCUUCCGGUUGCUUCCAUCUUUAAAGGACACCUUACCUCUGACAACAGGCAACAAGACAUUGGCCUUUUAUUGGGAAUGGUCUUCUUUGCCGUUUUGUUGUCAAUUCUUUCUUUGAUUGGGAUAUUUAACAGAUCGCUCCGAACGGGAAUUAAAAGAAGACUCUUAUUGCUAAUACCGAAGUGGCUUUAUGAAGACAUUCCUAAUAUGGAGAACAGUCAUGUUGUGAAAAUGCUACAGGAAAAGAGUGAAUUUAUGAAUAAUAAUUCCAGUAAACAGGUCCUAUAUGUUGACCCGGUGAUUACAGAGAUAGAAAUCUUUCUCCCAGAAGAAAAACCCAUGGGCUACAAGAAGGAAAAGAAUACAGGAUCCCUAGAGACAAGAAACAGCCUGCAAACAUCACUACUCUCCAACACUACAGUUGUGUAUAUUCCUGAUCUCAACACUGGGUAUAAACCCCAGAUUUCAAAUUUUCUCACUGGGGGAAACCAUCUCAGCAAUAAUGAUGAAACGGCUUCCUCAACUUUGGAACCACCAGCUGAUGCCUUAAACCUGGGCAAGAAUGCCAGGUUUAAAAAACAUCCUCAUUUUGCCUUUUCUGUCUCAAGUAUGACUUCGCUAAGCAACACACUAUUUCUUGAAGAAUUAAGCCUCAUUUUAAAUCAAGGAGAAUGCAGUCCUACAGACUUGCAAAACUCAAUAGAGGGGGAAACCACUGUACAGCUUCUAGAAAAUGCGUCACCAAAUGAAACUAUCCCAGAACAGACUCUGCUGCCCGACGAAUUUGUCUCCUGCUUGGGGAGAAUGAACACAGAGUUGCCAUCUAUUAAUUCUUAUUUUCCGCAAAAUAUUUUGGAAAGUCACUUCAAUAGGAUUUCUCUCUUAGAGAAGUAGAGCCGUGUAGUCAAAAUUAAUGUGGGAAAUCAUCGGCCUUGCAGUCUGAAGAUGGAUUGCUUCAACACAUAUUUAAUUCUGCACUAUUUUUCAAAAUUAGAGAAUUAAUAUCCAAAGCUGGAACUUACUUCAUGGCCAAAAAGCAGCAGCAAUAUUAGAGAUGCCUUGUAUAUUUUUAAAAAUGUCUUUUUUUUUUUUUUUAACAGCUGUACCUGUGACAUGCGGAAGUUCCCAGA